CAGAUUUAGCUUUAGCACGACCGAGUAAUUAGCAACUUGGGAAGUUUGCUAACUUUAUCUCUUUAAAUGCCCAGAAAAAAAGAAAGGAAAAGUAGUGACAAGAAAGCCAAUGGCCCGCCCGAUAAGACUGUGUUUGACGAACGAGAGAAGGAGCUGACGGAGCUUCAAAUUCGGCGUUUGAAGGAGCAGCUGGACAGUCAGAAGCUGUCAUGUGAUGAAGUGCAGCAUCAGUUUAAGGACUUGACUCAAAGGUGCGUCCUGCUGGAGCAGGAAAAGAAAGAAGCCCUGGAGUGUCUUGUCCAUUUCCAACGUGAGCGUGAUGAUGAGGUGCUUCACCUGCUGGACCGUCUGGAGUCUCUGCAGCUGAAGACGGAGCAGCAGCUGGAUGCUCUGCGGCUGCAGCACGCUCAGCAGAUUCAGAAGCUUGAAGCUUCUGUUCAUGCACUCACGGAGCAGAACAAGACGCUGGCAGCCCAGGUGGACUCACUGGAGCAGUUCCAGAAGCAAAAACAGAAGCUGCUGUCUGAUAUAAGGUCCAUGCAGGAGCAGCUGAGCUCCCAGGAUAUGAAGCAUAAGGACACCAUCCAUAACAUGGCGAUGAAGGCACUUCUGGAGAGAAAAAGGAUUAAGGAGGCGAUGGAGAGCAACAUGGAGGAAGAGAUUCAGCGUCGGGUAGAGUUGAAGAUCCCAGCGAAGGUUAAGGCGGCAAUGGAAGAGAACAAAAUGCUCAAAGAACGUCUCGGCGAGCUCUCUGAGCAGACUGGCAUCCUGCAGAAGGAAAACUCGUCUCUCCGGGAGAGGAACGGUCAGCUGAGGCACAACAUGAGCAUUCUGAAGGACAUCAAUCGGCAGAUCAUCAGUGAAAGCUGCACCCAGAAAAAGGUUGUGGAACAGACAAGAGCCAAGUGUCAGCAGCUGCAAGUAAAACUGGAUGAGUCAGAUCAACAAGUCAAGCAUCUUCAGCACAAGCACGAUACUGUCCACAAAGAAUUCGAGGCCCUCAGGCGCGAUCAUGCCUCUGAAUGUGAGCAGCACCUCCAAAUCAGAGCUGUUGUCAGACUGCAGGAGGAGCAACUGCAGGAGGAGAGGAAGAAGAGGAGCAUGGUGGUGGAAACUGUUGGCUCCCUCAGACAUGCGCUGAUGGAGGAAACUGUGCAGAAUAGGGCGGAUGAGUCGGUCAACCAGUGGAGGCAGCUGAUCCUGAGUCUGAUGACAAUUCUGGAGGAUCUGGACAGUUCUUCAGCAGCCAGGAAUGAAGAGCCCCUCAAGGCAGAUGUGGGGGUACAGUGUCACCUGGGUCACUACAGAUCGGGAGACCUGGGCCUCGUCCCCCGCCCCACUCUGAAACAGAGAAGAGCUAGCCAGAGACCAGGACCCACGUCCAGCUGGCCCCAGCUUAAUCCACAUAGUUACCAGGUGUCUUGUGAUGAGCUCAAGUGUCAGAAUGAAGAAAUGAACGAGCAUUUCCGUGCUCUGGAGCGGCGGAGCAGAGAGGGGAUCCAGUCUUCCAUUGAGUACCAGCAGCAGAAGGAGCAGGAGAUCGACCAGCUGAUGGACCAAGUGGAGUGUCUGCAGCGUGACAGCAAGAAGGAGCGAGCGGACCUGAUCCUGCAGCAUCAUCAGGAGAUGCAGGACCUGCAGAAUCGCCUGGAUCAACUCACAGAAGAGCAUCGAGUUGUGGUGGCGCGACUCGAGGACCUGGAGGAGUUCCAGGACCAGAAGGACAUGCUGCUGUCAGACCUGAAGUCCAUGAAGGAGCAGCUGAGCAGUCGGGAGGUGAAGCACGAACAAGCUAUGAACCACAUUGAGAUCAAGUCUCAGCUGGAGAGAAAGAGAGUCGAGAAGGAGAUGGAGCAUCGCUUGGAGGCCAGAAUUCAGGACUUGUGGGAUAACAAGGUUCCCAAGCGGACCAAGCUGGCACUUGAGGAGAACCUGGAGCUCAAGGGUCAGUUCACUCAGCUCUCAGAGAAGCAGUCAGUCCUGCUCAAGGAGAAUUUGGCCUUGAAGGACCGAACGAACCGGCUGAAGAGAGAUGUGGACAACAUGGAGAACACGCUCAGUCAGAAGUCUCGCAAGAGCUGCGUCCAGAGGAAGGUGGUGGAUCACAAGACGUCGGAGAUUGUCCAGCUGCAGGCCAAGCUGGACAGCUGCAACGACAAACUAGAGCUGCUUCAGAGCAAACUGCAACAAGAGCAAGAAGAAGCAGAGACUCUCGGCUGGGAACUCGCCAUGGAGCAUGAGCAGCACCUCCAGGUCCGAGGUGAGGUUCUGAAGCUGACGGCCGAGCUGAAGGAUGAGAAGAGGAGGAGGAGGAACAAGGAGAACAUCAUGCAGGAGGCUGCUGCUUCUCUCAGAGAUGCUCUCAUGAACGAAACAAAGGGAAAAUCGGUGAAGGCCGUUGUUGCUGAGUGGAAGCUGCUGCUGAUGAAACUGAUGGUGGUGCUGGAGGACUCCGACGACUCUCUCAUCAGCACCAGCAAGACUGUGAAGGAGGCUGAGAAGGUUAAGAGCUCAACUAAGGAGAAGGACACGAAGGAGACUGAUGAGGAGGAAGCUAAGAAGACGGAUGAGAUGGAGGCUAAGAUGGAGCCCGAGGUCUCCACUGCAGCAGAAGUUGAAAUGUCACAAGCAGAGAAAUCGGACCUGAGCCUCCUGUACCACGUGAGCCACUAUAGACCAGGAGACCUCGGCAUCGUCCCCAGACCCACAGCCAAGCACAAGACCAUGAACCAGCAACCAGAUCUGGAGUUCAUCCGAGCCCAGCUCGCUCAAAACAGGUCUGUGACCAAGGAGACAUCAAGCUCUGCUGUUGGGACCAAAGGAAAGUCAAAAGACCAGUCACUAAAACAAUCCCUCAAUUUUGACCUGCAGGUCCAGUACCACCUGACUCGACACAUACCUGCGUACCUCAAGUACGUGCCGUUACCAACACCGAAAAAGAAAAGGCUCAACAUCAAACUGUGACCGCCGCAACACCACACUUUUCGUCUGACGUAACAUUGAACUGAAGCUAAGAACCAACUCAUGUGAUCCUGGUGUGAGACAAGGUCUUCACCCAAUUGUGUGCUGCUUUUUGGUCAUUUGAUGGAACAGUUAAUGAAUGUUUUGUUGACAGAUGCGCGUGUACCAUCUGUAAAUACUUAGUUUUUGUUAGUAUGAGUCACAGCGUCAUAUGUCUUACUCUCCUACAGUAAAAUCGAGAUUGGACACCAGUUGUUUUUGUUUAUUCUGGAGUGAUAAUGACAUCAUGGGCUUCAGAAGUGCCGGGUGAAACA